AUGAGAAGAAAAGAGGAAACUGCUGGCAAAGUCAACAGCGACGAGCCAGAAGAAACGGAUCCUCUGGAAAUCAACGGUGAUGAAGUAAGGGGUGCUGAAAACCCUUCUGAUGGGGAUGAAAGUUUGAAGGUUCCAGAAGCAGGUGGAGGUGAUGAAGAUGGGGAUAACAAUAAUGCAGAGUCUCAACCCUCCAGCCAGACACAGCAUCCUCCAGUGGAAUUGAGUGAUGCAGAAGAAGAGGAGGAAGGAGGCGAGGAGGAGGAGGAAGACAACAACGAUGCUGCUGACAAUGAUGAACCUGAUGCAAAAGAAGAACAUGAUUCCAAAGCAACAUCACCUACAUGUACUACAAGAACCGCGAAUACAGGCCAAAGAGAGCCACAAGUCAACACCGAAAGUCUGACGUCAGACACAGAACCCACGUGCCGUCCAGCGGCAGACAUGUUGGAGGAAGCUACGCCAUUGCCACCAGAAGCUUGUCCGGGAAAUGGUCCUACUCCUGUUACAGUCCAGGUGGAGAACGCGUUUGCUGUGCAGGUUGGAAACGGCAACGUUUUGAUUUCGGCCAAAACAGAGGGAAGCGAAAACGCCACACUUACAUCAGGUGCCGAUACAUGGCAGUCACACAACGGGGCUGAAAUAGUGGUCGUGUACAUCAAGAACUGUGACGUCGUGCAAGUUGGAAACCACAACAAAGUGAUACCACAGGAAAACGCCUAUGUGAAGGUCUGCUGUGAACUUGGCAUUGAUCCGGAGAGGGCAGACGACAUACUUGCGAGGCUACGUCAUGACGACGUCAGGCGUCAGUUCGCGAAGAAAAUGGCGGACAGCUUCAACGUGACGUGUAGGAUAAGAGCUGCUACCAGAGGGUGCAUCUUGCUGGAGCUGGAGGUCCCUACAGAAGCAGACCGGCUGCAGCUCCUCCGCAUGGCCAGAGACGGGACCUUCCAGCAGGUUCUCCUGGAGACCUUCCUGCCGGAGUUUGCGGCCGAGGGAAGGGCGGUGAACAUGAACCUGGCCAUCGGCGUGAGGAACCCUUCACAGGCUGUGGUGGAGGAACUGCAGGGGGCUACAGCUUCAAGUGACAAAGAGGCUGUAAAAGUGAUAGAGAUCCCAGACCCCGCACUUACAGACGGAAGUUCGACACCAGGACAACCAAAAUCUUCCCCGGAUCAAACCGAGGGACAAAACCAGGCAGAAAACCACGUGGGAGUACUUGAAGGUCCUCCCGACGUUGACCAGUGGGGCAUUUCGGACGAAGAAAGCCCAAGUGUUGAGAGGAGCACGUCUGCUUCCGAGACAGGCGACAUAUCUCAGCUGACGUCUCUCCUGCGACUGUUGUCAGAGCCUGGCGAAGAUCAACAUGACCAAAACCCAGCGACGGAGGACCAAAGCCCAGCGACAGAUGACCAAAGCCCAGCGGCAGAUGACCAAAGCCCAGCGGCAGAUGGACAACGCCCUGCACCAGAUGACCAAAGCCUUGAUGAAGAUGACCUCCUUCCAGUGGACGAACGUCUUGAGACCAACGACCAACGUAUUGAGGUCCUUCACCAGGAUGACCCAGACCUGGGAACAGAUGACCAAGGCCCCGCGUCAGGUGACCAACACCUUGAGACAGAUGACCAAUCCUACGACCAUUCAGUUGAAUAUGAAUCUCUGACACAAGAAGAGCCAAACUCUGAGGCAUUUAGUUCAUCGGCUCAUCCUGAAGGAACAUCUAGCGUCACAAGUUACCAAGUCUCGGAGAGAAGUGGAAGUGAGAAGACAGGCGAUGACGAAAUGACGAAAGUACUGCGAAGACUGGCUGUCGCUCUAGACAGGCGUGAGUGGGAACAGGUUUCGCAAGCUCUGCGUGUAAAACAGCCCGAUAAAGACCUCUCCGCUGACGACACACACCUGCGGGUGAGGAUACUCCGGGAGUGGCGGGAAGGCCCGUCCUACCGGGAGCAGUUCCACGGGCUGCUGCUGGCGCUGGAGGCGUGCGGCCGGGAUGACUUCGCGGUGGAGCUCCUACAAUCAGAACCACACGCCACUCACACAGCCCCAUAUGUUCCCGCGGCUAGUUCCUUUGAAGAUGAUUAUUCGGAGAUGUCUACCCAGCUGAAGAAGGCCGUCCCGGUGUUUAAUCAGCCCAGGAAGCCGAGGAAGCCCCCUGUGGACCCCCGGACCCCCCUCCGCAGGUUGCCGUUCAGACUGGUGAAGGAGAUCGCCAUGGAGCUGGACCCGCCCGGACAGCUGGUGAACUGGAAGGACCUGGCCGCAUGUACUAGUUUUAGCAUGCAGGAGAUAAGCUUGUUUGAAAUGGAGUACCUAAAACCCGGCGGGAGCCCGACCCGAGCCCUGCUGAACGCCUGGGGGACCCGUAACGCCACCGUACGGGACCUGCUGGACGCGCUGAGACAGAUCGGACUCCUUAACGUCGUGGACAUGCUCUCAAAAGCCGAAUCUGAUGACGAAGAGGCUUGAAGAGAAAGCUACAGCUGACCUCUCGUCUCAUAUUACUUCGCAAAGUGCGUCAUUGUUCUUCCAUCACAAGAUGAGCGUCCAACAGUGAUGAAACAAUCAUGUAUAUCAGUGGAGAAAAUUAUGUACCGGUACAUUGAAUGAUGAUGAAUACUUAAACAGAUCAUGAAAUAGUUUAGUACACAGUCGUGUCAUUUAUGCUUAAUCGUGCUUUUAUAUACAAGAUCCAUAUAUUUUGGUAAUUCAACAAAAUACUAUGAGUCAUACUUUAUGAGAAUCUAAAGGUAACAUUUUUGUGCUAGGAAAUAUUUUUGUUAGAACAGAGAAUUUUGAAUGACAUUUAUAAAAAAUAUGUUUUGUAAUCGAAGGUUUUCAUCAUCACCAAUUUGCCUAGCAAGUGUAUCUAUUUCUCAUUCUUCUACGAAAUUUAUACAGUGCCAUACUGUAAUAGUCUCUUUUCAACGACUUAACUGUCCCUGAAUGAUGUGAAAUAAUUGAUUAAACAACUGCUUUAAGUC